ACUGCAGCAAUCACGGUAGCACUGGCUGCAUAAUUACGGAAGUCGACCAAUGUCAGACCUGUUCUCAACGAACUAGCCAAUAACGUUACUUUUUACUUUUACCCACCGUUAUGCUACCGUGACGGCCGAUGAUUUUAAGUUGGUAAUAAUCCUAAAUCUGUAUUUCUGGCACCAUUUUCUUCACAAAUCAACCGACAACCGCAAACGCCGGUGAAGAUUGUAGAAUCUGCACGAAAAAGAGACGCGGAUACAUAUUAAAAUUUGUGAAUUUUCGGCGAAAACGAUAUGGAAACAAUAGAAGAAAACCCACACAACGUGCUAGGCAGCAUAUUGAAUGAAGAAGAACUUACACAUAUUCCAAAGGGUGUCAGCGAAAAGUUGAAAUCGUAUUUCGAUGAACGGUUCGAAGAAUUUAUCACUGCUAAAGCUGUCUUUGAGACUGCCAGAAAAAAUCUCGAACAAAAAUUAGAGACUCUACAAAAGGAUUACAAUGAGCAGAAACUGGAUUUGGAAGAAUGUAAAGGCAAACUGGAACUGGCCAACAAAUAUACAAAUGAACUUCAAACCAAAGUUGAUGAAACUAGGUCUGAAGCAACAAGAUUACAAGAAUCACUUAGAAGAUUAGAAAAGGAUAACGGAGAGCUGAGACGUCAACGGGAUGUAGCCACAGAUGAAAGAGAUGCAUUACAACUACAGGUUGAACGUCGAGAUGCAGAACUUGAGCGUACACAUGCCGAGCUGCAAAUGCUCAGUACUCAGCUGCAGACAGCGGUGACUGCCAAAUGUCAGGCUCUGGCUGACACUGAAGAGAUCCGCAGUCGCGAGAUGUCUUUAGAUUACAAGGAACAGCGUCUGGAGAAAGAGCGAACCCUUUUAUCUCAACAGAUGGCCAAUUUAGAAGAAGAGCUAUCAAGGCGCACUGGAGAACUGCAAAAUGUUCGUACUGAAUCAUCCAAGAGAUCACUGUUGACAGAAACCCAACUUUCACAGCGUGAGGAAGAACUGCGAAUAGCUAAUGAUGAGAUUAGUAAACUCCGCGAAGGAAAUUCCCUCAUCAUCAAACGGUGUGAUGAAAUGGCACAAAAAUUAGAAGAACAAAGAGCUCAUGAGCUUUCAAUGCAUGCUUCUUAUCGUGAGGAAGUUAACGCUCAAACUAGACUAGCUGAUCUGUAUAAGGGAAUGGCAGAUGAAGCUAAUGCCAAGGCUGAAGAAUUUAGUUCAGCUGUUAAAGAACUACAAUCCCUGCUUGAACAAGCCACCGAGCAGUACGGUGUGCUUGAAACACAGCACAAUGAUUUACAAAUACGAAUUGAUGAAGAGGUCGCUGAAAAGUCACAAAAAAUCGAGGAGCUUGUAAAAGAGCUGGAACGAGCGAAUGAUUUACUGAAGGAUGCCAAACAAGAAAUGUUAGACCACGCAGUGGAGCAACUGGCUCCAACAGCAGCAGUAGCAAGUAGGCUGUUGAAAAAAGGCUCCAGCCUGACCCAAAUUUAUACCCAAUUGGUUGAUGCUACCAACGAACUGGCAAUUGAGAAAGAAGAAAAUGAGCGAUUAAAGUCACAAAUGAAUAUAAUACUCCGUGAACUUGAAGAUAAGGCACCAGUACUGCAACAACAGCGUGACGAUUACGAAGCCGCAGUUGCCAAUGUUACAAUGCUCACUUCGCGUCUUGAUGACCUUCUUGCUGAAAAUCAUCGUUUGCAAGAAUCUGCAGAUGAGGCUUCGCGCAUUGCUAACCACCAUGUUCGGGAAAAUAAACGGCUAAAGACAGAGCUUGCGGAUCUUGCUAGACAGGUCUGUUUCCUUCUUAAAGAAGUCCAGGAGAGUCGUGGAGGUUCGACAGUCCUCUCUUCCACAAUAAUGGAGUCUGACGACCUAGCAUCUUCUCAAAUUAUCAGCAAAAAGUUGGUUACCUUUAGAGAUAUUGAAGAAUUACAGGAAAACAAUCAAAAAUUGUUAUCAAUUGUCAGAACAUUAUCUGCAAGACAAGAAGAAAUUGAAAAGGCAACUGAUGAAAUUAAUUCUGGGGAGAUGAAAGAAAAACUUGAUAGGUAUGUAGAACAACUAUCUGACAUGCAAGCGGCGCAGGACCGACAAUCAAAGAUGCUUGAAGGUUUGUUAAGACAAAGGGAUAUGUACAAGAAUAUGUAUCAGCAGUGUCUGAAUCAGACCUCAACCAAUAGUCGCCGAGAGUCUGUUACAGACGAGGAGAAGGUGGAAAUGGAGGUAGAUCAAAAGGAAAAUGAAAGAGAAAAUAAGAAGAAAGAAAAAGAAGAAAAAGAUAAAAAAAUAGCUGAAUUGGAAUCUAAGCUAAAACGACUGUGUGACGAGUAUGAUACAUAUAGAAAAGAACGAGUUGCGCAUGAACGAAUGUUAGGUGAAGAAAUUGAGAGAUUGAGAAAAGAGGCAGAGGCCAGUUCUGCACGCAGUUGCCGAUUGAAAUCGCAAUUGGAUUCUGCUAAUGAGCGAUUCCAUCUUCUACAGGCCAAUGUCAGCUCAUACAAAUCCCAAAUUAAAGUUCUUGAGGAAAAAUGCAGUAACUACAAUACAACAAUUGGAAAACAUGAACAGAGUAUAAUGAUAUUGAAAGACGAAACUUUAGAUGCACAAGCUCGUCUGUCACGAGCUGAGGUGCAAUUAGAAAACCUACGACAAGAAAGGCAAUUAUUGCGAGAUUCAGAGGGACGCCUGUUAAAAGAGCGGGAGGUAUUGCACAGAGAGAGACAAACGCAAGCAUUGCUACGAGCAGAUGUGGAAGCUAUUAAAGCCAGUUUGGAACGUUCCCAAGCAGAGGGUCAAUUACGAGCAGAACAGCGUCUCGAUGACGCUACUAGCGAGUGUGCAGCUUUACGUAGAAGACUUCAAGAAGAACAAGAUCGAUUUCGUGAAUUAGCAUCUCACUUAGAACGCCAGUUGGCUACCUCACAGCAACGGCUCACAGAAGAACGUGAGAUGGUCGAGAAAUUACGAGCGGACCUUGAAGCUGCUCGCGAAGUUCACAUUGAAGAUGUACGACGUAUUGAAGAUUUUAGUGCUAGACUUAGACAAGCUAACGCACAUUCAAUAGCCAAACCCAUGAUUGGAGAUGAAAAUACGAUCAAGCGACUAAAGGAACUUGAGAUUCAACUCACAAGUAGUCAAGCAGAAGUCAGAUCACUCUCAGAACAGUUGAAAGCAGCCCACCAACACAGCCAACAGUAUUGUAAUAUAGCUGAAAGCUCUGAAAGCCAGCUCCGAGAGUUGACGGCGGAACAAAUCAAAUACAAGGAAGGAGUUGAACAACAUCUUCAGGAAACGCAGGCUGUAAUAGCAUCACUUAAACAGCAAAAUCAAGACUUAGAAAGCGAACUUAGUCGUAUUAAAUCAGGAUGCCAUGAAACAGACUCAGAAUUACGUGGAAAGCUAAAUAUUGCUGAAAGACAAUUGGAAGAACUUGGGGAAUUGAGACAAGAGUUGCUUACAGCUCAAAGUGAUCUACAAGCUGCAUCAAAUGCUGUCAAAGAAACUGAAGAAAAAUAUGCUAGAGAAAUGCUCCUGCACUCCACCGACUUGCAGGCACUCGCGCGACUAAAAGAAGAAUCAGGUGCUGUAGCAGAGAAAAUCUCUCAUCUUACCCAAGAACGGGACUCCGCAAUUGAAUCACUACAAAUUGAGAAGGCUGCCUGGCAUGAAAGAGAACAACGGUUAAAUGAGGAAGUUCAUGAGUUACAAGUCAGAAUGAAAGAUUUGGACGCACAAAACUCCUUGUUGCAUGAUCAAAUACAAGAGCUAAGUGAUCGGACUGCUGUUAUCCAAAGUCAACAGUUGAACGCAAAUUGCUCCAUAAGCCCUGAUACCAGUUUAGAAGCAAUGAAUCGUAGCUUCAGUGGACUUGAAGAUGAUUCUAAAUCAGCGGAACAGCUCUUAAGAGUAAUGAAAUAUCUUAGAAGAGAAAAGGACUUGGCUGUUGCAAAGUUUGACGUUCUGAGAGCGGAAAACUUAAGACUCAAGUCACAGGCUGAGGCAUUGGAGAAACGAAUGAAGGAAGCAGAGACAUUGCUCAGCUCACAACGUGAAGAAUCGGAAAUUGAUGUUGUAACAACUUCAAAGCAUUCUGAACUAUUACGCAAAGUUGAAACGCUCAAUGCUAUCACGGAUUCGAAUCGUAUCCUUAGAGAAGAGCGAGAUAGUCUACUGGUUCAAGUAUCAGAUCUGACUACAAAAGUAACAGCACUUUCGGCCGAAGUGGUACCACUUCGUGACAAAGUUCGAGAAUUAACAUCUAAAACUGAAGCGCUGGUACAAGAGAAUAACAGCCUCAAAGCAGAAGCUACUAGAUGGCGUCAACGAGCCAAUGCUCUUGUAGAAAGAGCCAAUAAAGCAAGUCCCGAGGACUGGCGACGUUUGCAAAGUGAACGAGAAAAUCUUAGUAAACUGCUGACUUCUGAGCGUGAAACGCAUGCAAAACAAAUGGAUGAAUUGAAUUUACUGAAGGUCGAGAAAUCCAAACUUGAAGAACAACUGAUCCAACAGCAACGUCAGAUUCAAUCUCAGAGCGAACAAUUAUCCAAGAGCCUAGAGGAUAUCCGAAAGCUUAAUCAAGACUUGAGCGAAUCACUUGCUAACUCAGCUGCAAAAUUGAAAGAAGUAACAGUACUGCGUAAAGAACUCACAGACAAAGAAGUUGUACUGAAUGAUACCAAAAAUAAAGAAUUGAAGAUCCGUACAAUUGCAAAGAAAUACAAGACACAAUUUGAAGAACUAACUAAGACGCUUGAGGAAGAGAAAUCUAAACAGACACAAUUACAAGCAACUGGAACAGCUGUGCAAAAUGUGGAACGUGAAAAUCAAUUGAGGGAAGAGGGGAGGCAAGAGCUGCGUCAGGCAAAUCUUGAAUUAUCCGCUCGUACUGAGGAACUGACUCGCCAAUUGACGGCUUUACAAAAUGAAACAGAAGCCCUGAAAAAAGAAGUGGAAACAUUAAACAAGGCCAGUGUUGAAAAGGAAGAGCGUGCAAAACAAGUACUCAAAGGCGCGAGAACGAGAAUCAUGCAACUGACAGAAUCGAAAAAGGUUUGUGAAAAAGAAUUGAACGAUUUAAAGUCUAAAGUUGAAUCUAAUUCAGGGGAAUCCGAAACUUCUGAACACGAUGCGAGACUAGCUGCCAUAAAAUCUCAAAUGGAAGGAAGAAUUUCACGUCUAGAACAUGAGAAGACUGAAGUGCAUGCUGAAAAAGAAGCUCUUCUCCAACGAGUUAAUCAAUUGCAAAGACAAUUGUCAUCGAGUACUGGUGGAGUCAGUGUUGCAAAUGAACCACCAACAGCUAACAUUAAGCCCAUGUCAGCACGUUCGGAAACUCCUCUCGCAAGCAUUCGUCCCAUGACCGUUGUGGUACAAUCUAGGACUGCAGCUGUUUUACGCACAACUGUAGCAGCCCCUGUUUUAGUAGCACCUCAACAACAACAACAACAGCAGCAGCAGCAGCAGCAGCAGCAGCAGCAGCAGCAGCAGCAGCAGCAGCAGCAGCAGCAGCAGCAGCAGCAGCAGCAGCAGCAGCAGCAGCAACAACAGCAACAACAACAACAACAACAACAACAACAACAGCAACAGCAGCAACAACAACAACAACAACAGGCUGUUCACACUACUGAAACUAGCUCACCUACCAGCAGUCACUCUGACUAUCAACCAGCCAGUACGAGCAGUUCGUCCCAGACCACCACUAGCAAUUUGCGGCAACUAGCAGUUCAGCCGCAACUCAGCGAACCAGCAGAAUCCACUCAGCGGGAAGACCCAGAAAGUGCAGAACCUUUAAGCCUUCAGCAGCAGCAGUGCCAACAACAACCUCAACAGCAGCAACAAACUGUAGCGUUGGUUAGUCCGAGAGUCGAACAGCAGCAGCAACAACAACAGCAACAACAACAGCAGCAGCAACAAGCUGUGGCCAGUGUUAGUGAUCAGCAACAAACAGUAGCGAGCAGCUCAACACCAUCAGUGAGCACUUCGCAAGGUACCAGCGGCCAUAAACGUCCUAGAAGUCUUGAUACCUCAGCAUCCGGAUCAAGUGUUGCCGAAGGUGGUGUAGAGGCUACAAAACAAGAACAAAGUCCAAGCCCAAAAAAUAAGCGAAGCAGGCAGCAAGAAAUAACACCCGCACCCACUGCCAGUGCCACUGACGUCGAGUAUCAGGUACCUACGUCAAGCCAACGUGAUCAAGAUGAAGAAGUAGAAGAUGGGUGUGUGGUUGUAGUUGAUUGUGACGAAGGUGAGGGAGGUGGAACUCAUCAGGUUCAAGAGGAAGAAGAAUUUGACCAUGAAACAUACGAGGAAAUGGAAGAGGAAGAAGAAUUACCAUAUGGAGUUGAGGGUGAAGGAGAAGUGGACAAUAAUGAAGUAGAAAUAAUAAUGGAGGACGACUCUACUAGCGUUGAAGUACCCCGACAAGUUCAACCUGCAACUACUAACAAUCAGCAACAACAACAGUCAGAAGCCAUCAGCAGUGCUGGUCCUACUGGAGAGCCACCUUUACCAUUUGUACCAAGAUCCUCUCGUGGUGUAGCUCCGAUGCCAAGGCAACAGCAGCAACAACAUCUACUCUUGCCUCAACAGGGGUAUGAAGAUGGUGGUGACGACAGUAUAGUACCAAGCACCCCAACGCUAUUUGUACCUCGCCGAGGAGAUGGGUUUGGAGAAGCUGUCAGCUCUCCCCAGGUACCGCAAGGUCGGUUUACUUUCGGCGAUCCUUCACCUACUGUUACUGCAACAGCAACACCAACAUUAGCUACUCCCACUGGACCAGCAAGAGCUAUUUUUGGCUCCUCAGGCUCUGGGGUCGCUCAAGUAGUACAAGAAGGAAUGGAUGAUACACGAAUGGAUCUGACUCAACUUGAAGAUGCUGGAACAGGACGAAGCGUGCCUACUACUCCGUUACAAGUGUCUCCAGCUGCUGCUGAUGUACCACCUUCGACAAGCAGUGGGCAGUCAGAAGAACAAGAAGCCCCUCUAUCUGGAGUUGCGACAGCUACGAUAACAGCAACAACUGACACCAGUGAUGAAUCAGCAAUUCCUAGUAUUCGAAUUGUAACAGUAGAACAAGAAGCGAUCCAAGCAGAAGUUACGACUGAAACUCUUGAGUUGACACCUGCUGACGUAGUGACUUCAGAAAGUGAAAAACAAGAUGAGGGUGGUCCAAGUGCAGGGGAUGAUGAGGUUACCGAAGUAGAAGUUGAGGCGGAACCAGCAGGUGCUGAAGUUAGUACCGAAGAAGUAGAAGAUGAAGGUCGGGAGGCUGAAGCCUCUCCGUCAUGUAACACACGUUCACAGAAGGCAUUAGCUGCAGCAGCAAACAAUAACAGAGUUACGGCACGUCGUUCUAACCGAUCUCCAUUCCGCUCGUCUCGAGGACAACGGCCAACACCCAUUAUCUGGGAAAAUCAGUCUGGUCGAGGGCACAAUCCAAUAAGAGGAGGGCCACAAUCAAGAGGUGGGGUUAGCGAAGGUAGAGCACGAGGUUCCAGAGGACGGCGUAUGCGAAAAUUUCCGUAUGCCCGCUUUUAAGACAUAGUACUAGCACUAGUUAGUAGGUGCUGCUUAACAUAUAUGCAUAUAUUAUGAUAAAACCAGAUUCAUCAUAUUACGACGUGCAGUUUAAUGUGGUCUAGUAUUACUUUGGAAUAUUGAUGGAGUGGUGUCAUCAUACUUUGUGAAAAUCUAUCGUCUAACAAAUACUCUGGAAAAACCGAGUAUUUGUAAAAGUGUACGUAAGAACUCUUGGCUGCUAAUCCCUUGCUCAGAGAACGUAUUAUUUUGAUAGUCAAGUAUCGAUCGGCAUAUGAAUGUAUUGCUGGUAUUGCAUGAGCUAGAUUAUGAAUCUGUACCCAAACUGUAACUUGAGUACGAGUAUUUUAAGUAAAUGGUGCAUAUAAGAUAACUUAUUUGACUAAGAAAUUAACUGAGCAACAGAAAAGUGGAAAUGAAGAUAUUUGAGGAAGAUUCGUGACAGUUGUAUCACGAUAAUACAUUCAUGCUUGAUACAGGAGUUAUAGAUAAUACCGUGGUUGAUAUGUAACUUCCAUCGUCUGAGAAAAAAUAAUCACAGGAUUCUGAUAAAGAAGUAAUUGCCUUCUUAGGUCAGACGAAUGUAAAAAUAACGGAAAAUAGAUGAGUAAGAGUGAAAUCCCGGCUUGAGUUGUUAUUGGAAAAAUUAUCUUACCUCAUUUAAAAGCGACGACGAAAAAAUGUACAUAUGUCAAGUGACGGUUUCAGUUCACAUAUGGUUCAAGAUGCUUCUAUGAUUUUCGUUAAUAAAAUAUUAACUUUAAAUAAUUCACAUUCCGUAUAGCUCUCCGAAAGAUUCGAUUGAACGACCGUCGAUUAAUAAUAUUAAUCGCAAAAUUAUCUCGCGUCUCUUGCGUUCAACCGUUUCUAUAUCAUUAAUGCUGACUGAUGAAGUUAUUCUAUAAUUCGUAAUACUUGGAUUAUAGGAAUUGUAUUGUCUCUUAUGGUAAGGUCGAGAUAGUUUUGAACUAUGGGACAAAAUUUGUCAGAUAUUAAAGUAAAAUUGGCAACAUGUAUUGAUAAUUGAGAAACGAUACCACGAAUAUUAUGGAAUAUAUACCUGUACUUUCGAUAUGUGUAUUUUUCAAUCAAUAAAUAAUAUGCUAUGAUGAGACUAA